CGUCAAACCCACCCGCCCGUUCACGCGCCUGAGGAAGUGCCGUAUUACACUGUUGUGUGAGGAGCGGAGGAGCGACAAACUGAGAAAAAUGACCAACAUUUCACCAGAACCGACACAGUAAACCAACUUUCGGACAGGUUUGGUGCCAGAACAGUUGGUCACCAUGUCUUGCCGUGACAUCCAUGCCACCAACGCGUUUGCGUUCAUCAUCGCCAUGCUCUCAGUAGGUGCUCUAGCUGUCGCCACAGUGAUCCCACAGUGGAGGACCACUCGUCUGAUCACCUUCAACCGCAAUGCCAAAAACGUCACCGUUUACGAUGGCCUGUGGACCAAGUGUGUCCAGCAAGAGGGCUACACAGGAUGCUACUACUUUGAUGCAGAGUGGUACUCUAAAGUAGACCAGCUGGACAUCAGGCUACUCCAGUUCUGUUUACCAGCAGCGCUAUUCUUUUCCGGCUUGGCCCUGCUGAUCAGCCUGACAGGCAUGUGUAAGACGGCAUGCUGUUCCAAAACGCCAGACAACAUCAAGACUAGCCGCUGCCUGGUCAACAGCUCGGGCUGCCACCUGGUGGCUGGAGUGCUCCUCUUUUUAGCUGGAGCCAUUGCCAUGCCGCCGUCCGUCUGGUUCCUCUUCCACACCAAGGACCUGAACGCCCGCUAUGAUAACCUGUUCGGCGUGGAGUUUGCUGUGUACGUAUCGAUCGGUGGAGCUGGUGGCCUCAUCUUUGCUGCCUUGCUGAUGUUCAUGUGGUACUGCAUGUGUAAGAAGCUGCCUUCGCCGUUCUGGCUGCCUCUACCAGAGGUGCCUGUCAUGACCAACAGCCUUUCCGCUCAACCACUACUAACCAAUGGCCUCCCUUCACCUGUUACUUAUGCGCCUCAGCCUUUCCCUCCUGCUGUUCUGGAUGCUCCAGCCUUCAUCCCUGCACAAGGGUAUGCCCAGACCCUGCCUACCCAGCCUGUACCGCCCCAGGUUUACAUGGCCCAAAUGUCAGUCCCGGAUGGAUAUGGGUCUGAAGCAGGAGCCUCGCAGGCUUAUGGUUACGCUCCCUCACAAAGCUAUGCACCUUCACACGCUCCCUCACAAAGCUAUGCGCCUUCACAUGCUCCCUCACAAAGCUAUGCGCCUUCACAUGCUCCCUCACAAAGCUAUGCGCCUUCACAUGCUCCCUCACAAAGCUAUGUGCCUUCACACGCUCCCUCACAAAGCUACGGUCCCUCACAGAGGUACGCGGGAAACCGCUACUCCACAAGAUCACGAAUGUCUGGAAUCGAAAUCGACAUCCCUGUCCUAACAGAGUGACAUCUACAAAAAGAUGGUUCCACUGUAUACUCUAGGGGUGGGAGAAAUGACGAUAUGGUAUCGUUACAUUGAAAUUACAAGCUUUUCUUGGCAUAUCCUUGGUAUCAUCAGUACUUAGAUUAGACAUCAGAAUUUCGAAUAUCAAACGAUGGGAAUUAAAGAGAGUAUAAUUAGCCCUGCACAACUGAAUAUGGUGCUGCACAGUUGGUAGAACACUAUUAUAGGCAUUGUCCUCUUUUAUACUUAAAUAUAUGUAGAUCAUAAAAUUGUCUUCAGGUAUCAUGAUAUUAGGCCUGUGCUGGAUAACAGAGAGAAAAGUUUAAUUCUUGAUUCAGUUAAUGCAAACCACUGCAACACACUAGUAUUCUCACACAUGAACAUUACCGAAUGUGUAAGUAUGUUGGGUGAUAUCUGCUUCAGAGUCAAGGUCUGUCUCAAAAAAUGUUGCUGUUAUUAUGAGGAGUAGUAGUAGUUAGAGAUGUGCCUAUGUGAGAAUCCUUAAGAAUUCAUGAACAGAGAUCCAGUAAUAAUGUUGUAUUUAACUAACAUUAGCUGAGGGGCAUCAGUAGGUUUUCAUGUAGGAUGAGUGAGGGGGGCUGCCUCUUCAGAUGAGCUGAUAGAGCUAACAGGUGUCAGGUUGGAUGCUGAUAACGACUCAUCCUUUACUACACAAGGUGAUUUCUCCACAGAGGGCAACGUGCCAAUAGGUUAUUUAACAGAUAAAGGUAUUUUCUUUAUUUCUGGUCCUGACUAACAUCAGCUAGAGUAGUUAGCCUAGUUAACAGCCACACUGUCUCUGCCUUCUCAGCUUUAACAGCGCUUUUAUGUUCAGGCACUCAUGUUUCAGAAUAACAAAUUAGCCUUCCGAGCAAAACUGUUGUGUUUGACUGAACUGAGCCUGUAUAUUUUCUGUCUUUCUUUGAUUAAUGUAACAAAUACCCAAAUAGUGAUUACAGUAUUGAAAUACUGGCAUGUCAAAUGUAACACAUCGCUAGUAAUAGUAUCUUAAGCUUCUAGACACAUCAUCUGUGAUGUUAAUGGAAGUAUCAGCAGAUAUACUUGCAGAGAUAAUACUGAUAAUACUAAUAAUACCAACACUGGAGGUUGUCCAGUCACCCUUUUAUACGUAUGACGGAUGAAGAGACUGCCCUCAUUUGUGGAAGUCUGGGACUCCUCUGAUUAGAAAGAGGGAGCUCCCUGCCAUUUUGGCUUGAAUAUAUAUGUACUUUCUUGAUCUUUUAGCACACAGUCAUUAGACAUGACCACCAACAUCUAAGCUACUGUACUACAAAUGACUGUUCUUUGCACUUAUACUCACCGAUUAAUCACGUCUUCUAAUAUUAACAUGUCAACACUAACAUGCACUGCAUUAUAAACGCUGCAAGCAAGCGAAAACAACACACCACUCAUACAUGUUAUCGGGUGCCUCAAUUACAUGGUAAAGCCAUUGUGUCAGGGUUAUUUAACUUGUUUUUGUUGUGCCUCUUGUAUUUAGUAUUCAGGGAUGAUAAAUAUAGCUUAGCAUUACUAAUACGUGCAUAUAUGAUAACACUGUUUACUCUCACUGCCACUGUUAGUGUGCUGGGCAGUGUGAGUGGAGGGAUCAAGUUUCCCUGAUUAAUUAAGCCUAGUCAAUGCAUUGGUUUUAGAUUUCUCCAUUUUUUAUAAUGUAAUUUUGAAGGUUUUAAAUGUUUAAUGUGCCAGUUUUUAUAUAUGAAUUGAAUUUAAAUGUUGUUUUUUCUGUUUUUUAUUCUUUUCUAACAAGCUUUUGAACAUUUGCCUUAUUGCUUGCCUGUCUGUUGCUCCUGCUUAAAUGCUUAACUGUCUAUUUUUUAAUUGCGGCCUAUGAAGGAGACAGCAGAGGUCUGCUUAAAGUGGAAUUCCACAGUUCCAACUUAAAUUGCUGAGAUGUAAACAGUCAUUCAGAAUGGUUUGCUAUGGAAUGAUGCCUCAAAUAUACAAGAAAAAUAGCCAUUUUGUUUUCUAACCCAAACCACCAAUGAAUCUACUCAUCUUCUGAGUUGAUAAUGGUAACAUGUGGUUAAUGGUAAUGGUGGUCAACUUUCUUUGGGGACUAUUUUGCCAUACAACACCCUGCAUGUAAAUCUCUAUGAAUGGAUUCUAAGACGUAUGGGCUUUAGGCAGUUUACUGGUGAUCAUUAUAUAUAAUAGCUCUCAGAGAUGUAGUUUUUAUGGGCAUUAAACUCUUUAGACAUCCGGUUCCGAUCACUGCUAUGAACCUUUCUGUCUGGGAAGUUACUUUUGAAUGAAGCAUUUCAAAUCCAGCCACUCUGAAUGACUUUACAUAUUUUUGAAAUAUUUAGAAAAAAAAUGGAAUUGCCUUUUGGCAACAGGGAUUUGUGUGAUGCUUUAAAAGGAUCUGAAUGGUUGGUGCUGUUAAGGGGGUUACAUGUUACAACUUUCAUUCCAUAUGCCUUAUGGUGAUGUUUUUUAAAAAAUGAAGUGAAAAUGUAAUAUUAUAUUUUAACACUAACGUUUUUUUCUGUAUUCAUGCUGCACACUGUCUUUUGUAUGUUUGAAGACCUUAGCUGGACUCUAACGUCUAGUUUGUCAUAUUUAAUAAAACACUACAGAUGAA